GAUAUUAUCAGCACAUCACUGCCGGUUGAUAGUAGUAAAGUAUAAUAUCGUUUACAGUAUUUUCAUCCAGAUAUUAAAUAUAUUUAUAUUUUCAUGCAUUUGCGUGCCAUAAAUCAUGUCUGAUACCCAAUAUAAUACUCAAAUAUUUAACAGAAAUUCCGUUGACGAUGUUGAUGAUUCAGAUCUCAUCAAUAGUUAUGACAAACAAUAUGAAAAAGUGAAAAAAAAGGCCAAAGCGAAACUACCUCCUAUUGAUUCAAUGUCUGAGCUAAGUUUAAACGACAAAGAAAGCUGUGAAUCUAGUGUAAAAACCAAACCCAAGAAAAAAACUAAUGCUAACAAAAAUUAUCAAACUGAAUCAACAAAUAAAUAUGAGGGUGCAGAAGUCCUUUUUCCACCGCCACCACCACCACCGGAUAGUAUAAAAAAUUUACCUAAAACUGAAAGGGAAGCUCUCACAUCAAUGCUUAUGUCAUAUUAUAUGAGUGGAUUUCAUACUGGAUAUUAUCUUGGAAUGAAACAAAAUAAUUCUGAAAAUUGAUGUUUGCAUGGUCACAUGGAUCAAUCAUUUAUAAAUUCCUAAUGAUUUAAUGAAUGUGUAAAAAAUUGAAAUCAUGUUUUGCUUGCAUAACAUGUUAAUUAUUAUUUUGUACAUUGUACCU